UUUUUAUCAGGGGAACAUUUAAGCAAACCUGCUCAAUGUGAACGGUGUUCCUCAACCUGCUCAAAGUGCACUGGACCUGAGAGUAAAGACUGCAUCAGCUGUGCUUCCACCAGGCUCUUUGAUAACGGGCAAUGUGUGAUCAGCUGUGACCCUGGGAAAUACAAGAGGGAGAGACGGUGUCAUCUUUGCCACCACACAUGUCUCGAAUGUACAGACGAGGGGCCUGACAAAUGUACUCGCUGUAGCAAAGGUUUGGAGUGGAGCGGUACCUCUUUGAAAGGGGAGUGUCGUGCAACCUGUCCAGAGGGCUAUUCCCAUUCCUCGAACGGAACAUGUGAUCCCUGCUCUCCAAAUUGCACUGUGUGUACUUCUUCAGGCCACUGUCUCCACUGCACCCCCUCCUACUACCCUAAAGACGGGACGUGUGCCAAACUGGAGUGUGGACUGGGUGAAGCAGCUGACUCUGAUCAUGAAGACUGUGUAACCUAUGAGGAGGGCUGUCAACAAUGCCUCACUGUUACUUUGUGGACGCCUCCAGCGGAGCAUGUCAAGAGUGUGACCACACGUGUGAGGAAUGCUCAGGAAGCAGCCGUUUCUGUCUCAGUUGUAGAGAUGGAUACUUCCUGUUGAGAAAGUCCGGACAGUGUCUGCGUACAUGCCCAUCAAACUACUUCCCUCACACCUUAGACAGAGAUUGCCAAAGAUGCCACCCCACCUGUAAAACAUGCAAGGGCUCUGGUGCGAUCUCCUGUACAUCAUGUUAUGACCGUUUCAAAAUGUUUGGUGGAAUCUGCUCAUCUACGAGGCUAAUUGGGGAAUAUCCCAUCCGUGUGAAUAACACAUGUGCCCCAUGUGACCCGUCCUGAAAUGAAUGUAAAGGUCCGGGACCCUACAGCUGCACCUCGUGCCCUGUUCUACUGCACCUCACAGAGGAUGGGAGGUGUCUUCCUCGCUGUGGAGAAAACACACGCACGCAUUCCUCAAAAUUUGCCUCGGAAUGCUGCCA